AUGGAGAAAACGGAUAUUGUGCGUAACGAUAGUACACCUGGGACUCUAGAGGAACUCAAGAAGACAGUCACCGUCGAUACUGUUCACAAUGAUGAGGCGCUGAAAGUUCUCGCCCGUUACGCUGGAAGCGAGACUUGGGACCCGGAGGAAGAGAAGAAGGUUGUUCGGAAGAUUGAUAGAAGACUUGUGACGAUUCUGUGUAUCACCUAUGGGCUGCAGUACUACGACAAGGCUAUGCUGUCACAGGCGGCCAUCUUCGGACUGCGAGAAGAUCUCCAGUUGACCGGCAACCGCUAUUCCUUCUCCGCUUCAAUCUUCUAUCUCGGCUUCAUCGUCGGCUCCUACCCAGCCAUUCUCAUGGCCCAAAGAUGGCCCAUCGAGCGCGUGGCCAGCGGAAUCGUGGUCGUAUGGGGCGUCUGUCUCAUGUGCACGGCAGCCUGUACCAACUGGCAGAGUUUGUACGCGCAACGCUUCUUCCUUGGAUUCUUGGAGUCCGGCGUGUCCCCAAUGUUCAUGCUCGUCGUCGGCGGCUGGUAUCGAAAGGGCGAGCAAGCGCUCCGCAUGGGAGCGUGGUACUGCUGUACUGGCUAUGUCUCCGCUGUGUCACCUCUGAUCAACUACGGUCUUGGGCAUAUCACUGGCGGCGGUCUCGCUCCGUGGCAGUACAUGUAUCUCGUAGCCGGCGCCAUUACCGUUGUGUGGGCCAUCGUUAUCUAUUUCGUUAUGCCGCCAGAUCCGAUUCGCGCACGAGGAUUUUCGGACAGAGAGCGUUACAUUGCCGUUGCGCGUAUGCGCGAGAACAACUCCGGCGUUCGCAAUACGCAUUUCAAGGCCGGUCAGGUCUGGGAGUCUCUUCUGGACAUCAGGUUCUGGCUCAUCUUCUCCAUUGCCUUCCUCAUGAUGAUUGCGAACGGACCGGUUUCCUCGUUCAUCCCCAUCAUCAUCGCCGGGUUCGGAUACAGCCGCUUGAAUUCUCUGCUCCUAGUCAUGCCGGCCGGCGCCAUCAUUGGCACGAUUGAGAUCCUGGCGCCCCUCGCGGCGUACAAGAUCCCCAGAGCUCGCGCCUACAUCAUCGCGAUUUGCCAGACUGGUACGAUUGUGGGAUCGUGCUUGCUGUGGCUGCUGCCGCGGGAACAGAAAGGCGGCCUUCUCUUUGCAUGCUACGUCCUGGCUUCUUUCGGCGGCGGGUACGCGGUCACCAUGGGACUCCAGAUUGCCAAUACGGCUGGCUACACGAAGCGCUCGGUCACUUCGUCGGGCAUUUUUGUUGGAUAUUGUCUAGGCAACUUCGUCGGUCCGCUGCUAUUCAAGCCUGAGGACGCACCGUCGUAUGCUCCGGGCUUCAUUGCAGUGCUGAUUACGGCUGUGAUUACGGCGCUAUUGGCUAUCGUGUACCGGUUCGUCUGUGUUUGGGAGAAUAAAAAGAGGGACAAGACUGGGACCUUGGAAGGAUUUGAACAUGCGUAUGAAGAUGAUCUGACUGAUAUGACGAACCCGCAAUUCCGUUACACCUUGUAG